UUCAGACCUUCUGUUGUCUUUAUACAUGUAGCGACGGGAUUAUCCUCGAAGACAGCUGAGGCUUCAGUCUACUACUCAGACUUGAGACAGAAACAGACUGCCAGCGUGCCACACUGAAAAUGGCGGACGGUCCGAGUCAAAGAAAAAGAGCAAGGCUGGAGAACAGUACAGGGAGCUGCUGCAGUUCGGCAGGUCAGCCGUUUGAGCUAUUCCCAUGGCGCAACAGCAAAAAAGGUUCAGAAUACCUGACACAGGUGUCAGACUAUGUAUCCAUGCAUAGACACAAAACUUUAGACUUAGAGAACCCACCUGGUGCCACAUUGACAAUAGGAGACCUGGACGACACCAUUUACAGUGAGGAAGAGGAAGAGGACGAGGUGGAUGGGUGGGGGAAAUUAUACCUUCCCGAGAUAGUAAGCAUGCAGGUUGUAGGUGUAGUGGAGGGGACCUCGUGCCCGAGUGACCAGCUUGUUCUGAUGACCUGUGAGGACAGAAAGCUGUAUGCCUACGAUGGAGAGAAGCUGCAUUUGGUGUCUUCAAGCCUGAGGCAGCUACAAUACAAGGGAAUAAAGUAUCCAGCACUCAAGAGAUAUUACGAGGGGGAGGCCUUCAAACACAAGACCGAGGAGGACUGGGCAGAAGUGAGGAAGAGUCUGGACCAACAGCAUCGUGAACUGGUGAUGUCAAAACAGUCUGAAUUACUUGAGAAUCUCAAAUUGCUCAAACAAAACAUAGAGUCACAGGGGAUCUGCAUGUCUUUGGACUGUGGGAGGAAGCCGAAUAACCACCACACAGAACAUGCAAACUCCACACAGAAUGGCCCCAAGCCGGGUUCGAACCCAGAACCUUCUUGCUAUAUGGAGAGAUCGCCAACCACUCAACAACGCCACUACAUACAAGCGUAUCCCAAACAGUUGGUAGUGCACUGAGAAAUGAACAACAAAC